CAACAAGCAGGACCAAUCAGCCCCACCACCAAGCUAACCCCUUUCUCCCUUGAAUUGAUCAUGCACAAAGCUCCGAACUUGAACACAAAGUUGCAUUCUUUCAUGAAUCAUUGACAACACUUCAACUGGGGUUCUGAAGAACUGAACAAAAAUGAGUGCUUCCAGGUUCAUCAAGUGUGUCACUGUUGGUGAUGGUGCGGUCGGCAAAACUUGUAUGCUUAUCUCCUACACCAGCAACACUUUCCCUACGGACUAUGUGCCGACUGUUUUUGACAAUUUCAGUGCAAAUGUGGUUGUCGAUGGGAGCACUGUGAAUCUGGGGUUGUGGGAUACUGCUGGCCAAGAAGAUUACAAUAGAUUAAGACCCUUGAGCUAUCGCGGAGCAGAUGUAUUCCUGCUUUGUUUUUCUCUCAUAAGCAGGGCUAGCUACGAGAAUGUUGCCAAGAAAUGGAUUCCUGAGCUGAGGCAUUAUGCUCCUGGUGUUCCAAUUAUUCUUAUUGGAACUAAACUUGAUCUUCGGGAUGAUAAGCAGUUCUUUCAAGACCAUCCUGCUGCGGUGCCAAUCACCACUGCACAGGGUGAGGAACUGAGGAAACUUAUCGGUGCUCCUGUUUACAUUGAAUGUAGUUCUAAGACUCAGAAGAAUGUCAAGGCUGUUUUCGAUGCGGCCAUCAAAGUAGUUCUCCAGCCCCCAAAGCAGAAGAAAACUAAGAGAAAGGGACAAAAGGCCUGUUCCAUUUUGUGAACUUCAUUUCCUGGAGGAUGACAUGACUGUAGCCAUUUCCUGGUAGUCUUCGCCAUUCUAUGCCGUAUACUAUUUCCAACCUAAAAAAGGAAUCAAUCACCAUGUCUGACUGUCUACAUCAAAGUUCACUCAUAAGCAUCAAGCUGUUUAUCUAUCUCUGGCUGUAGGAUCUAUAGAGUCUUUAUUUCGACAUGUUUGGCGUGCAUAACUUAUUGCGUUUCUCAGGGUGUUUACUUGUAUUGAUUAUUAAAUGGCUAUCUUCAUCCGUGGAUAUGGUUCUAUUUACAUUGUAAUCUAAUCUAGGAAGUGCCUUCUUAUUUGGCUUUGAAUGUGAACUAAGUGUAUGUAAUUAAUUAUGUUAGCUUCUUAACAGAUUGAAUAUAGUUUGGUUUGAUGAAAGGUCAUAUAGUACUUGAAGUUCUAACUUGUUA